GACAAAGACUACCAACAGUUGUAUAAUAAUCGCAGACUGUUACAAACAGGCUCAAAAUAAAACACUUCAACUCAUUGGAGAUGAUGACUGUAAACCAUUGUUCAAACUUGGCAUGCUAUUGUCAAUUUGGGAUUAAAUUGCAAGGUGCUACUGGUAUCAGUCUUCCAGUCAAACUGAAGUGGGAGAAUUAAGUAGGACCGUUAGAUGAUUUUGUGGUAGUCCCUAAAAUUCCCCAGGCCAUACAUGUUCCUCUUUACUAGCCAUGCUUGAGUGCCCUUUUUUUAGGAUAUCAGCAUCCUCUCUCACAGUGUGAAAGACCGUGUUUAAACGAAGAGAAAGGCGUUGUGUUUUUCAAUAGGCUUUAUAACAAUCACUGGCUGGCAAACGGUUAUUCUUUGGAGUCUGUGAUUACCUUGGAAUAGCGUUGCAUGCUUCUGGAAAGUGCAGUAUUCCUGGACCUGGGCUAUAUUUGAAGCUAUAUAGGAAUCAUGGCUGUUGUGUGCAAGUCCGAUGGAUUUUUCUUUGUGGAUUAUGGAAGUGGUAGUGAUAGCGUCAUUGAAGAUGAUCGUGGUAAUGAUACCGACGAUGAUUAUGAUGAUGAUGCUGACGAGGAUGAAGAGGAAGUGUGUUCAGCAGGCCUUGGACAAGGCGGGUUCUUCAUCAAGAAUGGCAAGUACUACUGUGCCUCGGAUUACCAGGACAACUAUGGCACAAAGUGCAAGGCUUGCGGACAGUAUCUUGAAGGAGAGGUGGUGACAGCCCUUGGCAACACCUACCACAAGUAUUGCUUCGUCUGUGCAAGAUGCGGGCACGCUUUCGUUGGGGGUGAGGAUGUCUCCUAUGACCCGGUCACCAACUGCUGUCUGUGUCUCCAGUGCCAGCGUAUCACCGAAGCUACAGGGGUUCCGCUACCUCCAGGAGAGAAAGUCACGUACGAUGGAAAGGACGUCAUGUGCGACACCUGUAAUGUUCCAGGAUUGUCGAACGACAAACGGAAUAGGGAAACCCAGAGCAAGGCCAACGGAAUCAUCCCGGAGAAAGCUAGAGAAACAUCAUCUUACCCAGGAGCUAUCAGAUGUGCGCAGUGCAACGAUGACAUCACACAAGGACAAGCCUUAGUUGCUCUGGAUAAACACUGGCACGUCUGGUGUUUCAAGUGUCACAAAUGCAAAAAGGUCUUAACAGGAGAGUACAUGGGGAGGGAUGGGCAGCCGUAUUGUGAACGAGAUUUCCACCAGUUAUUUGGAGUCAAGUGUUCAAGAUGUGAUAACUUCAUCACAGGGAAGGUCCUUGAGGCUGGAGAUCAUAAAUACCAUCCGACCUGUGCUAAGUGUGGAAGAUGUGGAAACCACUUCAAUGAAGGAGAAGAUAUGUUUGUACAAGGAACAGAAAUCUGGCAUCCAGAUUGCACGAAAGGAAGGGCAUUGGGUUUCUUCCCCUCAAGAAUCAAGGAGAAUGCUAUUUUAUUUGAUUAUAAUAGAGGAAAAUCACAGUCCACCCCAGCCUCCCCUGUCUUAGCGAGGGGGCACUUCCACACCCCUACCCACCUGUCCUCUCCAUCCCGUCGGUCCUCCAACAGCCUUAGUCCGCAGAGUCCAGACUACAGCUAUACCUAUCUAUCGCCCUUCUCCCUCUCCAACACAAUCUAUCCCAAGCCAGUGGCGCUCAGUCCAGAGGCACCGGUCAGUCCACAUUUCCACAGACCAGAAUAUGUAAACAAUGGUGAAGAGUUUUCGUACAUGUCGCCUCCGCGAUAUGACCUACCCCCUCCACGUCCGGGUGGCUACAGGAGAAGACCACGCCCCCACAGUGCGUUUGAUUCCCUCAAACCAAAGGUCAAACCAGUGAAAGAUGAAGUUUUAUCAGCUGAAAUGGUCAGACAAUCCAAGUUCCCGUCUGCCAAGAAGCCCAGUCCAAGCCAACCAGCAAAGAUUGAGAGUGAGAUCUGGCCUGGACCACCAGCAAUUGCUAAGUAUCAGUUUCACUCUAGGAGUAAAUCAAUGGGUGAUCUACAUAAUAGUGAUGAGGAGGAAGAGAAACAGAUUGAUGCUGAGGUUUCAAAGGUAGAUUCAGCGUUGGGUAAGGAGAUCUUAAAAGCCGAAUUAAAACAGAGAAAAAUCAGCAAUCUUGAUCCUCGGAGUGCCUCCAGAACACCUUCAGCUAACAAAGAACUUCCCAUCAGUCCAAGGCAUGAAUCUUCUAUGGAUGCUGUGGCUUUGAGACAUCGAAAAUGGAGAGAAAAUAUGAUGAUGACACCGCCCAGGAGCUCAACACUUCCACCAAAUCUAAGAUACGAAAGCCUGAAUGAAGCUUACAGGAAAGCAAAUUCUCUUCCAAUGAACGCUAGGAGUGGGUCGUGGUAUAGCGAUGGCAAUUCUGAAGGCUACAUAUCCAACGGCUAUGCAAGCAGCGGAGAGCUUUCUCCCAGACUGGCCAACAUGAAUGACCGUCAGCUUCGGACGUUGAGGAUCACCACCGGUCAAUCUAUGCCUUCAAUGGAGCCUAAGAAGAACGUGUCUACGUCGACCAUGGAGAAGGGAUCGUCCAUUAGUAAUAUGCCUGUGCUCUAUCCCCUUGAGGUACUUCUAACCACCAACUACAGACUACCGAAGGAUGUGGACAGAAAACGUUUAGAGUACCAUUUGUCAAAUGAAGAUUUCUUCCGAGCCUUUGGGAUGACUUUUGAAGACUUCCAUGCCUUGCCUCUGUGGAAACAGACAGUAUUCAAGAAGAAUGCCUUGCUCUUCUGAUCAUCCAGAUAUGCAGCAGACUUGAUGUUAGAGUACUUCAACAACUGAGGAGAACAAUAUCCCGGACACCCACCAUCUUAGAUAAGGUGAUUAGGAUGGAAAGAACUUAUUCAUGUGGCUGAAUUGAACCAAGAGAAGAUUUAAAAAAAACCCAAAACAAUCCUCAUCUUAUGAGAGGGGCAAAAGAAUCUUUGUCGAAGAAAUGAAAAUUGCUUUUUAUUGGACUGGGCAAGGUGCAACAUCAUAUUCACUGUUUGGAAACUGAUGUAAAUUAUUUAUUGUUUAUGUUCCCAUUUUAAUGGGGGUUUUUUGUGCAUGCAUUAUGGCAUUAACGAGAUGAGAAAAUGAAGUACACAAAAAUACUUAAGGAAAGCUAAAAAAAAUAUGAAAGAAAAUACUCUUGAAGCAACGUGAGUAAUAUUAUGUGUUGUGUAUCAAUACACUGUAUGUUUACACAUUUUUUUAUUAGUAAAAUAUAUUGGUUGGCAAAUAACAUAUGUUAACUUGAAAAAAAAUAAUGAAUAAACAAACCAUCAUGAAUGCUUCUUAAGCAUUAAAUCCUGUGUUAGCAUUUUUUUCACUCAAAUGAUGCAUACAAUAACGAUUUUUAUCAAGAAUAUCUGUGCUCGCUGCAACUUUCACUGAAGUAGAAGUUUGAACUAGUGUGAUUUGACACAAUUUAGAUAGUUUGAUCAUGCGAUACCGUAAAGGCAUAUGUUCUAAUGAUGAUACAAAAGAAAAAUUCAAUAAAAAUAUAUAUAUUGUAUAUAGAAAGAUAUGAUAUUGAUAGAUAAUUCAAAUCACAAUAGCCUGCUUUUCCACUAAGCAGGAUAUUUGUAUGAAUAUUUCAAUGAAUCAUUGUCAUUAAUUGCUCAAAGACUUGGAAAGAGACUAACCAUGUGUCACUGCCUUAGUUGAGUGAAUGAUUUAAAAAAAUAUAUUUCGGACCUUAUUUCUUUUGUGAUUUUCCUUCUAGACAAAAAAUUUACAACUUAUUUUAAAAAUGUAUUGCAUAUUUCAUUCAUUUUGUAUAGGAAUUUGAUGAGAAACGUUUUGUUGCUUUUUAUUCACAAAAUGAAUGAAUGAAUGUCAGCAUGAAACAGUGAGCAUAUGCAGAAUAUAGUUAAGUUAGUCAUACCACAGCUGUACACCAUCAGAAAUACUAUAUAUAAAGUCAUGAAUAUUUUUGUGGGGGGGGGGGGUUGUAAUAGUGAGAGGGUCGAGGUUCAAAAUUCACACUCUGAAUUCAUAUCAUAAAAUCAUGUUAUGAUUGCAAAUGGCUAUCUCUGUAAUUACAAAAAUUUCGCUAUAGAACUCCAUUAUCUUUGCUGUGUGUAAUUCAUUUUAUUUUAAAGUUUCUUUAAAGGUUUUGUAGUAUUGAUAAUUGUAAUAUUACAAAAUUGCUUGGUCACUGAAAUAAAUCCUGUGUAAAAACAAUUAGAAAAAAAUGAUAUGAAGUUCUUGGAUUUGAGAAAUACAAAAUUACAAUUUUUGUAAAAAAAAUACAUGUGGCAUGUUAUACAGUGCUGAAAAUUUUGUUAUUGUAACAGUUCCAUGUAGAUACUGCUGCCACUUGACACUCCAAUGCUGUCUUGCAAAUGAUAUGAAUAUUAAGUUUUAGCAGCUUUAUGCAGUGUAUCUAAACCUUUGGAUGAUGGGGGGGGGGGGUGAUAUCAAAUAACCUGACCUUUCAUGAAAAGAAUAAAUCUCACAUCAUUUGUAGAAGGUUAGGUUUAUUAUUUGGGGAGUAUUUCCUUACAAAUGGCCCAUUUCAGUAAUCCGUUGUUUUAAAAAAUUAAUGCUCACAAAGCCAGAUUAAAUCACCUAAUGGUCAUACCAGAAGUAAAAUCAAAGAAAAGAUAUGUAAUCAGAUUUAUUAGCAAUUGCUUUUCAAUGCAUUCACUGCAUUUUCACCCUAUUUCGGGGCAUUUUGCUUGAGAUAUUUAAAAUUAUUUUAUUGAUUUGUAGGUUCCAUUUUAAUGUUUGUUCAAAUCAUGAAUUAUUCAAAGCUCAAUGGUUUGAAAGUAAUGAAGAUUAUUUCAAUGUGCUCACUGGCACUAGGUAGACAUUUCAUAGCAUGGUAAAAUUUUGAUAUAGUAUGCAAAUACAUUACUUUUGUUGUGAAUGUAGUUACCUGUAUUCUAAAACUAAUUCAGUUGUGAUAUUGAUUGUUUUAAUGAUCAUCUUUUUUUCAGGGCUGAGUGGAGCAAUAUUAGACCAACCUACAAUAUAAUUCAUUUGCUUUUUAAUGAUGUAAGUUUAUAUGAUAAUAUACCAAGAGUAAUUUUGCUGGAAUUUUUAAAAUAUUCUUAUGAAUUUUGCAAAAAGUCGCAUAUGUAGAACAUUUAUUUUUCUUGUUAUAGACAUCAUUAUUUUAUUAAAUAAGAGGACAUUUAUGUUGCUAUGGCUCUGUCAUAUAUGUAUAAAGCAUAGAAAUUGUUACCCAGAACAUUUAUUUUGUGUAUUUGUUUGCUUUGUUUUAUGUUACUUUGUAUACUACUGAUUUCCAUUUAUUGUAAAACAAAUCUAUAUUGUGUAUAAACUGAAAUAGAAUUUUAUUUAAUGCUUGGCUUUGAAUAUGUUGCAUACAGAGACCAUUAGGCACCUUAAGAAACUUUAUAAUUCCUUGUCUAUUAAUUAUAUCAUUUCAGCUUAGACAAAAUAAGCCACUGUCAGAGCUACUGAGUGAAAUUCCUCCUUGGAGAUGCGGCACAAAAAAAAUGAUUAAGUUGCCUUUUGUUGUAAUUUUUGAAGAGUAUUGACUAGAACAUGGUUUUACAAAGUUUUUAUUAAUCUAUUGUUUGUAUAGUCGUUGUAAGUUUUCUUGCCCUAAUUAUGGAGUUUAAAAUCUGCGAUAAUAAUAGGGUUGAAAUACGUAUGGAAUGGUUUAUAAACACAACAUUGACUUUAGAUUUUGCUUAUGGAAAAAUGAAAUCAGAGUUGAAUAGAAUGUUCAAUGUGAGCAUUAAGUUUGUGUAAAAUCUUUUAUUUAUUAAAGAACAAACAAGUAGUCAAGUUCAAUGUUAGUAAGAACAUUCUUUGGGAGGUGCUCAAUAAAAAAGGGAAAAAUCCAAUUAUUAUUUAUGAAAAAUAAAGUUGAAUGAAAAUGUCAUACUAGUUUAUUACAGUUAUAGAUUAUUUUUUAUUGUGUAAAAUAAUUUGAUUGAUGAUAUGGAACCCUCUAUUUCAUAUGAGCUGAAUAGCAUAUAAUAAAAGUUUCUGAUUGCUAAUUUGAGAGGUAAUGAUGUGUGAAGUAUCGUGGUGCAGUAAUACUACCAUCAGAAUUCAGAAUAUGAAAUAUAUUUAGUUGAAUUUAUUUUGACGGUAUCACCUAACUUAAAGCCUUAUGUGAUUGACAGUAUGUCUGAUAUGUAAUUUCAAAUAUUUCUUUUCAUUUGCUUCUUCUUGGUAAAAUUGUGUACCCUGCAUGAAAGUUCAUUGCUUGUAUGAUGUAGUGUUUAUAUAUGUUAUAACCUUACAAGUGUAUACCCACUUAAUUUCACGUUUGUCCCUUUUAAGAAAUACACUGCAAAACACCCUUUGGAUGAUGUAUUUAAUGGUAUAAGAAUGCAACUCAUGAAAUUUGGUAAAUCUAAGAAAUCAUAACAUUGUACCUUGGAAAUUCAAACAUAGAAAUGCACAGCAAAUAAAGAAA